AUGAAUUCAAAAAUUAAAGGAAUAACGGAUGAUAUAACAUCAAUUCCACCAGAAGAACAAAGAUAUUACGCAUUAAAUGCAUUUCCUAAAGUUUUGAAGAUCGGAAGAUUUAAUUUAAAUGAGGAAUUCAUAAAAGGUUUCCUAAAUGACAUAAUGAAGAAAGCAGAUAAGGAAUAUGUUAACGAUGAGUUAGCAAAGAAAGCAGAUAUAUCAUUUGUUAACGAUGAGUUAGCAAAGAAAGCAGAUAAAACUUAUGUUAACGAUGAGUUAGCAAAGAAAGCAGAUAAAACUUAUGUUAACGAUGAGUUAGCAAAGAAGGCAGAUAAGGAAUAUGUUAACGAUGAGUUAGCAAAGAAGGCAGAUAAGGAAUAUGUUAAUGAAAAAGAUAAUGAAAUUAUAGAAAGGGUUGAAUGGUAUCAUGAACGGACAUCGAAGAUUCUUAAAACUAAAGCUGAUACAGGAUGGGUUUCAGAAUGUUUAGACCUUAAAGCAGAUAUAUCAUUUGUUAACGAUGAGUUAGCAAAGAAAGCAGAUAUAUCAUUUGUUAACGAUGAGUUAGCAAAGAAGGCAGAUAAGGAAUAUGUUAACGAUGAGUUAGCAAAGAAAGCAGAUAAGGAAUAUGUUAACGAUGAGUUAGGGAAGAAAGCAGAUAAGGAAUAUGUUAACGAUGAGUUAGCAAAGAAGGCAGAUAAGGAAUAUGUUAACGAUGAGUUAGCAAAGAAAGCAGAUAUAUCAUUUGUUAACGAAAUAUACCAAAGUUUAGUUGGAACAAAAAAUAUUGAAACUAUUGUUGGCGACUUUUCUGUCAAUGAAGAAAACAAAUAUUUUAGAUGGGAGUUUGUACAGUCCUUAAGAAAUGGUAUACGGUAUAAACUCAUUCCGAAAAAUAACAAUGAAAUGUAUGUAGGCUAUAUAAAGAAUAAUGGCACACAAGUUAAAGUUCCAUUAGACAACAACUGCUACUUAAACUUAUAUGGAGACGAACAAAAGAAAUAUUUAAGAGUUUAUGAAAUGACGGAUAUGACAUUGUCUAACGUAGCUCCAGCACCGUAUUAUUAUGACUAUGGUGUUGACGCACAU